AUGGCAAGCGCAGUAUCCAACCUCCGAGCCUCGGGAAACGAGCGCUUCAACAAAGAAGCCGAGUCCUGGGACUCGCGGCCCUUCGUCAAAGAAGCCAGCCGCGACGCGCAAAAAGUCCUCGUAGAAAAAUUGCAGUCCCUCAACCAGCAGACCAGCAAAGCCCAAGUGCUGGAAAUCGGCUGCGGCACCGGCAUCCUGUCCUUCCUCAUGGCGCCGCAUGUGGAGCGGAUUGUAGCCAUCGACGCCGCGCAAGGCAUGAUCGAUGUUUUGGAGAAGAAGCUGAAGGCCAGCGAUGCGCCGAAGAAUAUCAUGCCGGUAGCAGUAUUGCUAGAAGACCCAGAAGACCCACAGCUCCCUCCAGCCGACCCGGCGAAACCUGACGGCCCGCGGCAGAAAUUUGACCUCAUUCUCUCCCAUUUGGUGCUGCAUCACAUCCCCGACCUCGAGGCUGUGCUACACACAAUGCUGGGCUGCCUCGCUCCCAGCGGUCGCGUGAUGCUGACGGAUUUCGAGGACUUUGGGUCCGAAGCCCGCCGCUUUCAUCCGGAGAGUAAGAUGGAUGGGGUUGCGCGGCAUGGCAUUGCUGCGGCGUGGAUGGCAGAGUUGAUGGAGAAGGUGGGGUUUGUCAAUGUGGGGGUGAGGCCGGAGUGGACGAUGACCAAGACGGUGGAGAAGUUUGCUGGGGAGUUUGGGGAGAAGGGGCAGAUGCAGGAAGGGCAGGGGGAGAAGAUGGAGUUUCCGUUUGUGGUGUGUUAUGGGGAGAGGGCGGGAUAA